UUAAAAAUCGAUAUCGAACUUCUCUCUCUCUCUCUCUCUCUCUCUUUCUUUCUCUUUCUAUCUUUCUCUCUCUCGCGCGCACGCACACGAGCAAGCCGGUAAUCAUCGACAAAACUAUGACGUGUCGUAGUGUUGCGAAGAAGUAAAGGAGGGCUCCUCCUUUUCUAUCUUUCAUUUUAUUUAUUCAAUUAAUUUAUCUAACUAAUCUAUUCAUCUUUGACUAUUUUCUAUCUAUCGUUUCUCUUUUACUUUUGUAUAAUAAAAAAUUGGUCUUUUUCUUUCUUUGUCUUUUAUCUUUUCUUCUUUCUUUUUAUUACGCUACAUCAAAAUCGUAUUGAAAUAGAGGAUGAAGGAAAGUUUACUACUUCGCAACAUUCACGAAUGGCGAGUGUAAUUUGUGGGUUUUCCUCGUUUUGUGAGAUCCGGACAGGUGUGUGCUUCGUAACCCUUGGCAAUACUUUAUUGGUACUUUCCCCUUCCAUUGUAUUGAAAACUAACGGACAAAAAUCCACAAGCAUGAGCUUGCAAACUAGCCCACCUUGGAUUUAAUCGAACGCAUCCUCGCAGAUGCACAGACAAAACUGUUCGUCAUGGUGGAGGAGAACGCAGGGACGGGAGCACGAUUGGAUGGGGAGUUGCAACGUGGUAGAGGAGAGAACGCAAUCUUACGUGGAGAAUCACGGGACGUUGUAGCUAGUACAUCGUCAUCAUCAGGAACGGUAACAACAGCAACAGCAACAGCAGCAGCAUUGAACAAUAACGGUGGUACUACGAGUAACAGCAAUCUGGCUAACAUUGGUGGUAUAAGCAGUAACAACAAUGCAUCAUCACCAGCUUCAGCAGCAGCAGCUUCCAGUGGUAUCGGUAAUCCGAAUCUCUGUCAAGAGGCAAACGAAUCCCAAACACACACGCAGGAAGAUGGUAAAAGGCUCAGUGCGAAUAGCAGCCCAAUUGAGAAGAGAAGUUCGGCAAGUGAUAAAUCCGUUAGUCCGAUCGAUAAGAAAAAUAGUCCCAUCGAUAGGAAGGAUAGGUCUAGUCCGAUAGAUCGAAAAAGUAGUCCCGUAGAAACUCGAAACAGUUCACCCUGCCGUAGUCCAAGCGAGAAAACUCGAAGGUCAUACGCUUUGAAUCGCGAUAAGACACGACUUGGUGAGUCCGGGAGGAAUCUAGAUUCACGAUCUAGAAGUGCCAGCCCAGAUAGGGGUUCAUCUAACAGGACCUCCUUCCUACAUCGUGGUUGUAGCGACCUUUCCGGCGUGGAAAGGCUUCGAAUCUCAACCAAUCCAGAUUCUUUAAGAUCGAGGAGAUUUUGUAGAGUUACGACCGAUCCGGAAACUGAUGUUCGUAAGGAUAUCGUUGAUAAUGACGUUAGACCGGAAGAAGAUAAUGAACCACCCGAUCCAGCACCUGGAAGUAGACCUGCUUCACCUGCUAAUUCUUUGGGAAUUUGCAACGAGAGCGUGCUUGAUUCAAGAUUGACGAUUAUUCAUGGCAGUGGAAGUAGCGGUGCAGCCGUGGAAUUGGCUAGCGCUAGAAGACUGCGAUUGGAAAACGAAAGAUUAGUGGCCGAAGUUGCAAGGUUGAGAAGAUUGUUACUCAGCGGGGCUGCCCGUGGCGAGGUCGGAGCAGAAGAUACGGCUUUGGAGGAAGAGGCACGCUUUGUCGCCCUCGAAAUGGAAUUGCAACAUACGAAGGAAACCUUGCAGGCUCUUAAAGCCGAUCGUAAACGAUUGAAGGCUGAAAAGUUUGAUCUGCUCAAUCAGAUGAAAGCUUUGUACGGUACCCUUGAAGACAAGGAACGAGAACUGCGUGAUUUUAUACGUAAUUACGAACAGCGUAUGCGAGAAAACGAAGCUACGUUGGGACGUUUUCAACAGCAGGAUGGUGGCAUAUCCUCGGAGGAACGCGAAAGAGAACGAGAGAGGGAACGUUGGAGUCUUCUAAGAGCAGCAAGAGAUGAGGCGGAUCGAAGUCUAAGUCUUGCUGCGAGUUUGGCUGACAAAGAAGUAGCAUUAUCUCAUGCACGUGCUACUAUCAAAGAGCUUCAACGACAAUUGAUGGGCGGUGGCGGUGGCGGUGGUGGGUGUUUGAGCGAUCAGGAGUCUUUAGUGUCCUUCCCACGUGGCACAGUUAAUGGGGUCGCAACUCCAGGUGCUGGAAGUAACAGUGGCGUUGGUGUUGGUGUUGGUGGUGGUAGUGGUAUCAUCCCUCAUAUCAAUUCUCAGCCCCCCAUAGGGACUACGGAGUUAGGGGUGGCCAGUAAUAUGAGUGGUGGUGGUACAGGUGCAAUUUCCUCGGGUGGACAAGCCGGAGAUCGUGGUAGCUGUAGUGCGGAUAGUGGUGUGCGUGGAUCCAGCGAUCGAGAGAGUGGUGGUGCAACCAGUAUCGGUGGAAAUCUGUCAGAUUCUACAACUGACGGAACACCGACUAUUACGAUCGAAGGAAGCGGUCCCGACAUGGACAACAUCUCAGUGGUAUCCUCCGUAGCACCUCCCCACAUGUAUCAGUCUACGACACCAAAGGAUUGUAGUCCCACGCUGUCACCACUGAAUGCAUUUUCAAGAUCUACAGACAACACUUCGUUAUCGCGAUCGGUGGAACAAUUGUCGAGUCCUUUAGAACCCGAACCAAGAAGAAGCAAACAAGUACCAACUGUAGCGGCACCAACAACACAUUCACGUUCUUCCGCCACACGAGGUGGUACAUGGGGUUCCAUAUCAAGGGUUUUCGCACGAUCACGAAAUCGAAAAAGUGCGAACACUUCCAGCGGUGGUAGUGGAGCUAACGAAUCCUCAGAAGGAUUCGAUCCUUAUAGAGCAUGGUCGUCGCCAUUAACCGAAGAAAGUUAUGCCGAGAAGCUUCGUUUGUUAAGAGAAGCUGCAUCAGUACCAAUGGAACGAUGGAGAGCACCAACUGUUUUGGCAUGGCUCGAGGUUGCACUUGGUAUGCCGCAAUAUGGUCCCAGGUGUGCAGAAAAUAUCAAAUCUGGCAAGGUACUUCUCGAGUUAAGCGAUGCAGAGUUAGAAGCGGGAUUAGGUGUGACUCAUCCUCUUCAUAGAAAAAAAUUGCGGUUAGCUAUCGAAGAACACCGACAUCCUAAUCUGGUUAGGUAUCCUUGCAUAGCACAACUUGGUCACACUUGGGUUAGUUCCGAGUGGUUACCUGAUCUUGGAUUAGCACAAUACUCGGAAAGUUUUGCUACCAAUAUGGUCGACGCACGUAUGCUCGAUCAUUUAAAUAAAAAAGAAUUGGAAAAACUUCUUGGGGUUUCGAGGAAGUUUCAUCAACAUAGUAUUGGACACGGGAUACAUUUGUUGAGAAUGUUAAACUACGAUCGUCAGGCACUGGCUGUUAGGAGACAUCAAUGCGAGCAAGUGGACACGGAUCCUUUGGUGUGGACCAAUCAAAGGUUUAUACGAUGGGCUCGUAACAUAGAUUUGACCGAAUAUGCUGAAAAUUUGAAAGAUUCAGGUGUACACGGUGCUAUCGUAGUAUUGGAACAAUCCUUCUCAGGCGACACUAUGGCUACAGCAUUAGGUAUACCACCUGCUAAACACAUGAUCAGGCGACAUCUUUCUGCCGAACUUGAAGCCCUCGUUUUACCAGCAAGAAGUCAACUGGACGUGGUCCCCAAGGGCAGCACUGUCAGAGGUCGUCAAAUGAGUACCAUGAGCGCUGGAGGUAGUCUAAAUCGUGGAAGCAGAGCAGCACUACAUCAACACCAUCAAACAUCACUUUCGGCUCUUCAUAUGACGGCUAAUCAUGUUGGCACUGUUGAUAGACGGAGAUCCAGUCUCAGGUUAUCGUGGAUGAACUCACAGGGUUCGUUGAGUCGAGCGUUUGGUCUGCGACCGAAAAGUGAAAAGGCGUCGCCAUCUUCCUCAUCGGAUACCGGAAGUCUAGCUAGUCAAUGUCAAUACAUGAACAGUGUGAGAAGUAAUUCACCGGCACCCGAGAUCACCGUUGGAAAGAAACAUCGUCGUGUUAAGAGUAUCGGUGACAUCGAAUACAUAACUAACGUUGCAGUUAACACAGCAGUCUGACAAGAGGAUAGGCUCCAUCAUCCGGGGCCUUAUAGAAGUUUAAGCGAACGUGGUUAUUCAUCAUCAUAUUCGUCAUCCCAAUGUAGCUCAUUUUCUGGUUACAGCAAUGUACUUGCCGAUGAUCAAUAUCAAUGCGAAUCAAUAUCAGCUGGUAAUUAUUAUCAAUUACAAAGCAGCUCUUAUUCCCCACAAAGCAUAGGCCAACCAUUCCCAGGUGUACAAAGGUAUGGUAGCCUGGCUGAAGAAACUUGGCAAUCUUCCACUAAGGAAGACAAUAAUAUCAAGAAGAAAAAUCAACGAACUUAUCACGAAUAAAUUUUUUGUUUUUCUUCUUAAUAUUUAUUAUUAGAUUAGUCACACACAAUCAUUUUUUUUUUUUUUUAAGUAUAUAACACAAUUAAAAUUGCAUAGAUUCAGUAUUUCUAAAUAUAUUUAUUGGCUGAUCUAAUAUAAAUAUUGGGUGUACCAUAAGUUGAUUUAUUAAAUUGCAAAAAUUAAACUACUUUUUUUUGUGAAAGGUUAACAUGGUAGGCCCAGAAUUUUUUAACAACACUAAUUACAGUUUCAUAUCUUAAAAUGAUAAACUAAGCACACUUUCUAUUCAAAUUAUCAAAUUAUCAAAUUAUCAAAAUUCUGAUUAUGAUUUCUUCAUUUGGUUUAUUUCUUUUUAUCUCUCAUAAACUUAAGUUUUUGUUUUACAAUUAGUCAAAAAGUAAAAUCUUAUUACGCGAAUCUAAUAAAUGUAAUUUUUUUAAAAAGAAGAAGAUAAAGAUGGAUGACCCAUAAUUCGCACAAGAACGAACUUAUUAAAACAAUUACUGAGAAAUUGUUUUUAUUUUUCAAAAGUAACAACUGGCCUAUAAAUCCUCAUCAUACUAUAUUUAAAAAAAAAAUGAAAUGAAAUGAAAUGAAUAUCUGUGAUUCAUUUGACUUAAAAUUCAUCCUUCUACAACAUUGAUGAAAUAAAUGAUAAUCGUGUUGAACAACGAAUUUCAUUAUUUCGCAUCAUACAAACAAGAUGAUCUAUGUUUUUUAUGUUCUAUCUGGUACUAAUUAUAUUAUAUAUUCCUGCCACAUAACAGAUACAAUUAAUAGGAUGAUAAUAAUAUGAUAAUAAACGCAUUAUACAAUAAACGCAUACUUGUGCCGAUAAUUAUGACAGUGGUCUAAAUUAAAAAAUC